AAAAAAUCAUAAGUAGCAAGAGAGGAAAAGUUUCUAAUCUUACAUUUUUCCCUAUUUUAAACCUAUUUAGCAGCAGAAUUUAACCUUUUAUAUUCUACGAAAUCUUUUUCGUCUGGUUUGUUUUGGAGUAUGUAAAAUUUGGAAUUUGAGUUGAAAGGUCUUUAAUGCCCUUGACUUUCCCUUCAAAUUACACAUUGAAUUAGGUUAACAACUCAAUGCUGCUUCCAUGGUUGGAACGAAGAAAAAACGAUGAAACCCAAUGCCUCUUCUCUUUUAGUUUUCUUCCUUUUUCUUCCCUCGAAAUUACACUAGUGGAUAGUAAGCUUUAAAUCCCAUGAAGACAAAGCUUAAUAGCUCAAUUCUGUUUUCGGAUCUAUGUGUAGAAUCCAAGUUUAAUACUACGCACACAACCCGUUUGAUAAAUUUCUUCAGAAGGUAUGCGUUUCUUGUUUCCACCCGUUUGGCACCACUUUUUGAUGCAAAUUAUCAAUACCCACAAACCCAAAAAUAUUUUACACUCUCUAUAUUCAUCAUCAACAACAUCACCGGAACUGGAGGAGCUUCGUAAGGUAGUUUCGAGCUCCAUUGGUGGUUUAGAUGACCUGGAGUCGAGUUUAAACCGGUUUAAGCUUUCUUUAUCAUCGUUACUUGUUACUGAGGUUAUAAAGUAUUGCGAAAAUGUAGCUCCGACUAGAAGGUUAUUGAGAUUUUUCUUGUGGUCGGUUAAGAGUUUAAGUUAUAGUUUGGAAGAUAAGGACUUUAACUAUGCGGUUCGAGUGUUUGCAAAACGGAAGGAUCAUAGGGCAAUAGAGAUAUUGAUUUCGGAUCUUAGGAACGAGGGGCGACUAAUGGAGAGCCAGACUUUCAGUGUUGUGGCUGAUAUGUUGGUUAAAUUGGGGAGAGAAGAUGAAGCAUUGGGUAUUUUCAAGAACUUGGAAAAGUUCAAGUGCCCGCAAGAUGGUUUCAGUUUGACUGCCAUUGUGAAUGCUUUAUGUGCUAAAGGGCAUGCUAAGAAAGCUGAAGGUGUAGUUUAUCAUCACAAGGACAAGAUUGCUGGUGUUGAACCUUGUAUAUAUAGGAGUCUCCUUUAUGGUUGGUCCAUUCAAGAGAAUGUAAAGGAAGCUCGCAGAGUUAUCAAGGAGAUGAAGUCAGCUGGCGUUGAGCUUGAUUUGUAUUGCUAUAACACAUUCCUUAGGUGCCUUUGUGGGGCAAACCUUAAAUGCAAUCCUUCCGGCCUCGUUCCGGAAGCUUUAAACGUGAUGAUGGAAAUGAGAUCCUAUAGAAUUGCUCCAACAUCAAUCAGUUAUAACAUAUUGCUUUCUUGUUUGGGGAAGACAAGAAGAGUGAAAGAAUCAUGUCGGAUUCUCGACUUGAUGAAAAAAACCGGCUGUGCUCCGGAUUGGAUAACAUAUUAUCUUGUUGCCAGAGUAUUGUACUUGACAGGAAGAUUUGGCAAGGGAAAUAUGAUAGUUGAUGAGAUGAUUGAACAGGGGUUGACCCCUGAUUGUAAGUUUUACUAUGAUCUCAUUGGUGUUCUUUGUGGAGUGGAGAGAGUGCAUUUUGCUGUUGAGUUGUUUGAGAAGAUGAAGAGAAGCUCAUUGGGUGGGUAUGGGCCAGUUUAUGAUGUGCUUAUACCAAAACUUUGCAGGGGAGGCAACUUUGAAAGGGGUCGAGAGCUGUGGGAUGAGGCUGUUGCUUUGGGUGUUAGUGUUUCCAUCUCCACUGAUGUUUUGGACCCUUCAAUCACUCAAGUUUUCAAGCCAACGAGAAAGGUGAAGGAGUUCAAUCUUAAGGACUGUAAAAUGGCUAAGAAUACAGUGAAUAUGAAGCACAAGAUUAUCAAGGGAAACAAGGGUAAGAAAAAAUUAUCUCAAAAGAAUAAAUCUGUUUCUAAAUAAAAUGGUUUGGGUUAAUGUCAUCCCCCCCCCCCCUUCCCUUUUUUGGGAUUCAUGUACUUUGUUAACAUUUUUAAUCUGGCACUUUUAUUUUUAAAAUAUUUAUUGAACAAAAUAAUUUUGGACGCAAUUGGAAUUCACAGGAUAGUGAAAUAGAAUAGGGUUUAGUUUUGCACAUGGCUACAUGGAACGGGGUUUUAAGACAGUGGUUGAGAUGGGAUCGGAAGGGGGUCCUUCAUGUUCCAGUUCAAGAUACUUCCAGUCUCUACCAUCACACGUCCCAUGUCCGUGCAAUUCAAUUCAAUACAGUAACAGUGCAUAUUUCUACAGUGCAAUCCACGCUCUUUAAGUAGCGUCGGGAAUGGGCCUUUAUUUUAUUUUUUGGAGGACAAGAGAAGUUGGAUUCAACGCGUUGACGCUAGCUGUGCUGUCCGAAAUCAAUCCGCAGGACCGGGCCGGAUGUUCUUAAACUAUUUAACUAAAACAUGAAGAUAUCAUAAAUGUGUUUCAUUUCGGAGAAGGAUCAUCUCUGUCGAAAUUCUCUUCUUUUGCGGUUGUUUUUAUAAUCCCAUAGAUUGCUUCAAAACAUGAACAUAACAUUAUUGAGGUUACUGGAUUAUUCAAAGUUUUUUAUUAGA